AUGGCAUCUGUUCUUCGCUGCAGCUCUAAGCUGCGCUUUGCGGCUCGUAUCCCCGUAGCCCGGGCUCUCUCGACCACGGCUGCCCUGCGAACGUCUGAGAAGUCCUUCUUCUCCAAUGAGCCUUCUGGUCCCUCAGUCUCGACCGCCAUUCCUGGCCCCAAGAACCAGGCCGCUGCCGCUGAGCUCAACCAGGUGUUCGACGUUCGCAGCUUGAACAUGCUCACUGACUACUCUCAGUCCGUUGGUAACUACAUCGCUGAUCUUGACGGCAACAUCCUUCUUGAUGUCUAUGCUCAGAUCGCGUCCAUCCCCGUUGGCUACAACAACCCUCACCUGCAGCAGGUCGCCGCCUCACCUGAGAUGACCAGAGCUUUGAUCAACCGUCCAGCUCUGGGUAACUUUCCUUCUGCCGAUUGGGCGCAGAUUCUGAAGACCGGUGUCCUCAAGGCCGCCCCCAAGGGUCUGGACCAGGUCUUCACUGCCAUGGCCGGCUCUGAUGCCAACGAGACUGCCUACAAGGCUGCGUUCAUGUAUUACCGCCAGCAGCAGCGUGGUGGCCACGAUGUCGAGUUCACUGAGGAGGAGCUCCAGACCACUAUGGCCAACCAGUCACCUGGCUCGCCUCAGUUGUCUAUCCUGUCAUUCAGAUCUGCUUUCCACGGUCGGCUGUUCGGCUCUCUGUCCACCACUCGCAGCAAGGCCAUUCACAAGCUAGAUAUCCCUGCCUUCGACUGGCCCCAGGCCACCUUCCCCAAGCUCAAGUACCCUCUUGAGGACCAUGUCCAGGAGAACGCCCAGGAGGAGCAGCGCUGCCUCCAGGAGGUUGAGCGCUUAAUCAAGGAGUACCACAACCCCGUGGCUGCUGUCGUGGUCGAGCCCAUUCAGUCCGAGGGUGGUGACAACCACGCUUCGCCUGCCUUCUUCCAGGGCCUGCGUGACAUCACCAAGCGCAAUAAUGUCCUCUUCAUCGUCGACGAGGUUCAGACCGGUGUCGGUGCCACCGGCAAAUUCUGGGCCCACGACCACUGGAACCUUACCACUCCUCCCGACAUGGUCACCUUCUCUAAGAAGGCCCAGACCGCUGGCUACUACUACGGUAACCCAGCUCUGCGCCCCAACAAGCCUUACCGCCAGUUCAACACUUGGAUGGGUGACCCCGCCCGUGCUCUGAUCUUCCGCGGUAUCAUCGAAGAGAUUGAGCGUCUUGACCUCGUUGAGAACACCCGUAUCACUGGUGACUACCUGUACGCUGGUCUCGAGCGUCUCGCCCAGAAGUACCCUGAGCACUUCCAGAACCUGCGUGGUAAGGGCCAGGGUACCUUCAUUGCCUGGGACACCCCCAAGCGUGACCAGUUCGUUGCCAAGGCCAAGAGCGUUGGUGUCAACAUCGGUGGCAGUGGUGUCAGCGCCGUCCGUCUGCGUCCCAUGCUGAUCUUCCAGCAGCACCACGCUGACAUCCUCUUGGAGAGAAUCGAGCAGCUCCUCAAGCUCAUCUAG